UCUGUGUUUGACAUUUCUCAAUGAGCUAAAUAAAAUAACCUCUUAUUAUUUCUCUUCUGUUAUAACUUUUAUCUCUUAAAUGUAUAAAUGCUCAUAGCAGGAAAGAAUAUUGUCUAUUGUUUUCUAUAAUAAGUAUAUUUAUAUAUUUAUCUCAAGAUGUUAACUUAAGCAGUUGUGUUUUAAAGCAAUAUGUCCUAUAUAAAGGUGCUUCAUUGCACCUUAUGUUUAAAACAUGGAACUAUAGGGCUUUCUACAAAAUCAGUGGUGUUGAAAAUUGGGAAUGGCACUGUUGCACAGCAAAUCGCUAGAAUAUCAACAUCACAUAAUUGGAGGAGUCAGUUACCUCUCACUACACAAUCACAGACAUUACCCUCCACGAAGAAAACAAAAAAUGUGCUGCAAGACACAAGGGUUUGGAAGGAAACCCCCUCGCUUGAUAGAAAAGAAAAUUUUGGACAAUACUGUAUGAUGCUAUCCAAAUUUAGAUUGACUUCUUUAGUAGUAAUGACAUCGAUGGCGGGUUACGCGCUAGCACCAGCUCCAUUCUGCCUCACCACAUUUGCACUUUGCGCUGCCGGCACGGGCCUAGUGUCGGCUGCGGCGAACUCUAUUAACCAGUACCACGAAGUCCCCUUUGAUGCUCAGAUGUCUAGAACAAAAAAUCGCGUACUUGUGAAAGGCCUCUUAGAGCCUGUCCAUGCAAUAAGCUUCGCGGGAGUGACGAGCGCGACUGGUUUAAGUAUACUAUAUUUCGGAGUGAAUCCACUGACCGCAGGGCUCGGUGCAGCCAAUCUUUUCCUUUACACGUCAGUAUACACUCCUAUGAAAAGAAUGUCUAUACUGAACACUUGGUUGGGAUCUGUGGUGGGAGCCAUACCUCCAUUAAUGGGGUGGGCGGGUUGCACGGGUAACUUGGACGUGGGUGCAUUAGUGCUGGGCGCUAUACUGUACUCCUGGCAGUUUCCGCAUUUCAACGCGCUGUCGUGGAACCUACGGCCAGACUACUCGCGCGCCGGCUAUAGAAUGAUGGCUGUCACUGACCCAGCUCUAUGUAGGAGAGUCGCUCUCAGGCAUACAGGAAUAAUUACCGCAACUUGCUUAGCGUCACCAUACCUCGAUGUUACUAAUAUGUGGUUUGCGCUUGAAUCACUACCUCUAAAUAUUUAUUUUAUGUACUUAGCGUGGCAAUUCUACAAGAAAUCGGACAGUGGCAGUUCGAGAAAAUUAUUUAGAUUUUCUCUGAUACAUCUACCUCUGUUGAUGGUAUUAAUGUUAGUCAAUAAGAAAUAUUGGAGUUCAGCCGAUAUUCAAGAUCAGAAGGACUCUCUCAAGUCACAGGACCUGAGUAAGGUCCCUGAAGCUAGGAUAACAGUAUUGCUGAGAGGGCCCGUGGUCGCCGCGCAAGAAAAUCAGUCCUAGAUAAUCUACAUACCUGUAGAUUUAGUAUAUUUUAUUUUGUAAAUAGUGUACAAUUUAAUUAUGUGAUGAUUCGAAAGUGAGUGAAGAAUUUGGUAUAGUCCAAUAAAGUCUGCUUUUAAUUCUAUAGUUUAGGAUUUAUUAUUUUCCUACUGUGCAGAAUGUACUAUAAUAGUCUAAAAUCUAACAAUAUUGAAGGAAUUAAAAAACUUUUUAAGGAACAUAUAUCAGGAUGUAGUAGUACCAUUAAGAUGAGACUCUCUUCAUUGAAACUUAUGACCAGAUACAUAAAAAAUAUGCAGUCGAAAAUAUAACCUCUUCCAUUUUCGAAGUUGGUUAAAACGUGAAUUUGCGAGCCAAACAAUGGUAGAAAAUAUUUUUAAAUAUAAAGAUUCUAAGAAUUUCAAACUUUAUGGUAUUAUCUAUAAUACUAAAUAGACAUAAAAGUGGAAAUUAUCGGACUAUACUAAUAAUUAUGUUAUAAUCACAGAACAUUUUUUUUUUUAGUAUUGUGUGACCAAUUAUUAUGUAAAUUGCUAAGGAUUUCUUUUUAAUGUUUAUUUAUUAUUUUUUAUCUUUAAAUUACGCAGCAAUCUAUUGUAAAAAAUAAUGGUUAGAACAGUACAAGAGUGGGAUAUCUAAAAAGAAAACUAUAAAGAAAUCGCCUGGGCGUGAUAAUAGGUGCUUACUAUCCCCCUUCUAACAUUUAAUAUUGUCUUAUUUAAAUAAGUUUUUGACCUAAAUGUCUACAACUCACACAGUACAUAUUACCACAUUUUGUUCUGUGAUUAAUUAAAAACACAUUUAGAUAAUAUUUAUUUUGCAUAGUCGAAUGUUAACUUAUGAAGAUAACUCAGGAAUAAAUGAAAAGUGCAAACAAUAAAUCCUUACAUUUA